CCCAGCCCAGCUCCUGGCCAUGGCGUACCGUGGGCAGUGCCAGAAGGUGCAGAAAGUGAUGGUUCAGCCCAUCAACCUCAUCUUCAGAUACCUACAGAAUAGGUCCAGAAUUCAGGUGUGGCUGUAUGAACAGGUGAACAUGAGGAUAGAAGGCUGUGUUAUUGGAUUUGAUGAAUAUAUGAACUUGGUUCUGGAUGAUGCUGAGGAUAUUCACUCCAAGACAAAAUCAAGGAAACAGCUGGGUCGAAUCAUGUUAAAUGGAGACAAUAUUACUCUUCUACAGAGUGUAACUAGAAAUGGCUAUUGA